CAGCCCCUCUAGCUGAGGAUUCAGUUUAGCGUUGAACGUUCACUAGAACAAACAACGGAGAGAAUGUCCUUCCGCGCAAACACUAAACCAUGUUCUAUGAUCAAUCUACGUUAUAUUAUCAUAUUAUCACAUGCAUCUUUGCCCCUCAAUGCGUAUCAUUAGUUCCAUUUUUGCCCCUACUCGUGGUUUUCAUUCUCGCUCGACUUGGUUAGUUUUACUUAUUAUGUUGAGUUUUUGACUGGUUUUACGCUUAUUGGAUUCGAAAAAUUAUCGAGUAACUCUAAAAUCCAACAGGUUUUAUGAAAAACUUAUGAAAUUGGAAAAAAAAAGAAAAAAGUGAAAAAUCGAAGUGGUCGCUCUUUGAGUUGCUUUCACGCGCAAGUGUGCAUACACCGUCACGUCAAAAUGCAGUCUUGAAAUGUUAUCAACUAAUAAUUUUUUAAUGAGUUUUUCUUUUUUCUACGGCUGAAAUCAGCUGCUACUAGUUCCAAACUAGCAUGAAAAUUAACUAAUCAAAGUACCUCAAUAAUCCAAUUAAUCUCCCCGAAAAAAAACCUAAAAAUGAUGCGACUUUUACCUCAAACUAACAGGAUUCUUCUACCAACAACAUCCUCCACAGCUUGCGGUGCUAACCAACUUAGAAUGUCAUCUGAAAAAGCUGUACCAUGCUAUGAAGAAUCUGUUCGUCUUUUGAAUGGCCUUCAGUCAAACGCGGCGACUAUCAAAAAGUUACGUGUUCAAAGGGAGAACUUGCAAGCGAUUAAUCUUCCGCAAUGCCGAAAGUAUCUGGAAUCUCUGAACAUAUCCGCAGAAGAUCUUAACGCUUUGAAUAUCAUCCAUGUGAGCGGUACGAAGGGAAAAGGAAGCGCUUGUGCUUUCGUUGAAUCAAUUUUAAGAAGUCAAGGGCUCCGAACUGGAUUCUAUUCGUCACCCCAUCUGGUUCAUGUUAGAGAGAGAAUUCAAGUUGAUGGACAGCCGGUUAGUGAGCAGAUGUUUGCCGAAGAAUUUUUCCAUGUGUACGACAUCAUCAAAAGAGAGCACAGCGACAAUAUGCCCGCCUACUUUAAAUUCUUGACUCUUCUUGCUUUCCGAAUUUUCGUCAAGCUAAACGUUCAAGUUAUGAUUCUCGAAGUUGGAAUCGGCGGAGAAUACGAUUGCACAAAUGUUGUUGAGAAGCCAAAAGUCUGCGGAGUGACUACACUUGAUUAUGAUCACAUGUCCAUUCUUGGAAAUAAGUUAUCCGAAAUUGCAUGGCACAAAGCAGGAAUUUUCAAAGAAAGUGUACCGGCAUUUUAUUCGCCAACGACUACGGAAGCAGAAGAGGUUCUCAUCGCUCGCGCCAUUUCAAAACAUGUUCCACUUUUUCAAACUCCUCCGGUAUCUGCCUACCAAUUUGCUCGAGAUAUAUCACCAGGAAUACGUGGAGCACAUCAAUUCUCCAACGUUUCCAUGGCUCUUCAAUUGGUUCGUGCAUGGGCGGAAAAAUGUGGCUUCCCACUGCCAGGAGUUCCAUUGUCCACUGACACCAGUGGCUUCAAUGUUCCAUUGUGGAUGUGUGAUGCCAUAGAAUCUUGCCGCUGGCCUGGAAGAAGUCAAAUCGUUUCUACAGAUCGUAAUGUCACGUAUCUUUUGGACGGAGCACAUACUCCAAAAAGCAUGGAAGCCUGCUCCGAGUGGGCAGCCGAGGAAAUUGUGAAUUUGAAAAAGGAGAAUGUGAAGAAGAUCCUCCUGUUUCAAUGUACUGCUGACAGAUGCCCAUCUACUUUGAUUAAAUAUUUGAAGCCUCUCGGAAUCUCCCAAAUCGUUUCAUGUCCAACUCAACUCCACUCGAGCAUUGAUAAAUCUGCUGAUUCGGCCAACCUGAACGCUUCUCGAGAUGAACAAGCAGAGAAGGCAAAUCAAUGUGUGCAGGCAUGGAAAGAAUCUCUGGAUCAACCGGAAUCUGUUACUGAAGAUCAAAUGAAAGUAUUUGACUGCAUAUCAAGUGCGUAUAAGUUCAUCGAAUCCCAAGCAGCAUCUCAGGAAAUCCUCGUCCUUGUCACUGGAAGUCUUCAUCUUGUUGGCGGAGUUCUUAAUUUGGCUGGAAAAGGAAAAUAAAUUUAAAAUUGAUAUAUUCUGUCUUGUUUUGCAUGUUCUUGUUAUUGUUGUAAAUAAUCCUAGGGUGUUAUAGUAUUUUCUGGUUUGCCAUCUGUGUUCCCAAUUCCCAAAGACAUUUCUCUCGAAUUUUUCAAUUUGCUCAAUAAAACUGUUGAACUUCUG